CACACCGUUGCAGAUCCUAUUCUGCACUCCUAUCAUGGGUAGUCCAACCCGGGCCUAAUAAGAUAAACAAACACACUAGUAAAGGACAAAGGAGCAAUGCCUGGGAAAGACCAUGGUUGCCUUUGGUCAUGUCAUAUGUCUCUGUUUUGGGCCAUGGAAGCUACUUGCUGAUGGUCAUCUUUGGUGGUUGUAAUGGUGACUUUGGGUGCUUCGCUUAGGUUAGGGCCCAGUAUAAAUAAGAAGCUGUUCUUUGUUCAUAAUUUUGUGGCUUGAAUGGCUGAUGUUUCAUCUUCCUUUAGCUAACAUUGCUGCUGAGUUGGAAGCCAACCUUGGUUUGAUUGAAGAAAUCUCAGGUUAUUUGAAAAUCCGUCGCUCCUAUGCCCUGGUCUCUCUCUCUUUUUUCCGCAAGCUGCACCUGAUCAGAGGACAGACUUUGGAAGUAGGAAAUUAUUCAUUUUAUGCCCUGGACAACCAAAAUCUCCGCCAGCUUUGGGACUGGAGCAAGCACAAGCUCUCUAUUGCCCGGGGGAAGCUGUUCUUCUAUUACAACCCCAAAUUGUGCCUGUCAGAAAUCCAUAAGAUGGAAGAGAUCUCAGGAACAAAAGGGCGCCAGGAGAAGAAUGACAUUGCUGUCAAGACCAACGGUGACCAGGCUUCUUGUGAGAAUGAAGUGCUAAAGUUUACUAAGAUAAAAACAUCCAGUGACAAAAUUGUACUGAAAUGGGAGCCAUACUGGCCACUGGACUUCCGUGACCUUUUGGGCUUCAUGGUGUUCUAUAAGGAAGCUCCCUUCCGGAACGUGACGGAAUUCGAUGGCCAGGAUGUUUGUAGCUCCAACAGCUGGACAGUGGUGGAUAUUGAUCCUCCUUCCCGGUCUGAGGCCAAAACCAAAAACCCUGGGUAUCUGAUGCGGAGCCUGAAAGCCUGGACUCAGUAUGCCAUUUUUGUGAAGACACUGGUCACUCAUACAGAUGAGCAGAAAAUCUAUGGGGCAAAGAGCGAGAUCAUAUACAUUCGAACUAACGCUUCUGUGCCAAGUGUCCCCCAGGAUCCAAUUUCUGUUUCCAACUCUUCAUCACAGAUCAUUCUGAAGUGGAAACCACCUUCUUAUCCCAAUGGGAAUAUUACACAUUAUAUGGUAUCCUGGGAACAACAAAGUGAAGACAAUGAACUCUAUGAACUGGAUUAUUGUCUGAAGGGCUUGAAGUUACCCUCUUGGACAUGGUCUCCCCCUCUAGUAGAAGACCACAUCAAGCACAAUGGGACUGAGGAUGAAAAAAAAGGUGAAAUUUGUUGUACCUGCCCUAAAACAGAUUCUCAGAUCCAAAAGGAGUUGGAAGAAUCUGCCUUCCGGAAGACUUUUGAGAAUUACCUCCACAAUGAAGUCUUUGUUCAGAGGCCAGCGGAAGGAUCAAGGAGGCGGCGAGAUCUUGGGAGAGUUGCUAAUAGCACCAUGCUGGCUCCAACCACGCUGGGCUUGCUAAACAUGUCUACGACAACACCAGAGACCCCAGAGGAACCGAAGCCUUUUCAGAUGACGGUUUUCAAGGAGUCGGUAGUCAUAUCCAACUUGCAACACUUCACAGGGUACCGGAUUGAGAUCCAAGCCUGUAAUCGUGAAGCUCUAACCGUAUGCAGCGUUGCAGCCUACAUCAGUGCCAGGACCAUGCCAGAAGUGAAAGCAGAUGACAUUGUUGGGCCUGUGACUCAUGUGUUAACAGAGAAAAAUGUAGUCCACUUAAAGUGGCAGGAGCCGAAGCAUCCAAAUGGGUUGAUCAUCCUCUAUGAAGUAAAUUAUGGACGCCUUGGAGAGUCAGAGGAACAACGCUCUUGUGUAUCUCGUCGAGAGUUUUCCACUGAACAGGGCUGCAAGCUGCGAAGGCUGCAACCUGGCAACUAUAGUGUGCGCAUCCGAGCUACUUCAUUGGCUGGAAAUGGGUCAUGGACAGAGCCCGUCUACUUUUACAUUUCUGAUUAUUUGAAUGCUCCCACCAAUCUUGUAGCCAUCAUCGUUCCAACCAUUUUUAUUGUCUUUUUAUUCAUGUUUGUUGGAGGAGGUUAUGUCUUUAUCAAAAAAAGGCAAACAGAAGGACCAACGGGACCACUUUAUGCAUCUUCUAAUCCAGAGUAUCUCAGUGCCAGUGAUGUUUACAUCCCUGAUGAAUGGGAGGUCCCACGGGAGAAAAUUGCCCUGCUGCAGGAGUUGGGACAAGGCUCCUUUGGCAUGGUCUACGAGGGAAUCGCCAAAGACAUUGUGAAAGGCGAGGCAGAGAUACGAGUAGCAGUCAAGACAGUAAAUGAAACUGCCAGCCUGCGUGAGCGUAUUGAGUUCCUCAACGAGGCUUCUGUGAUGAAAGGUUUCAGCUGCCACCAUGUGGUUCGUCUCCUAGGAGUAGUAUCAAAAGGGCAACCAACACUAGUAGUUAUGGAGCUAAUGGCUCACGGAGACCUGAAAAGCUAUUUGAGGUCUUUACGGCCGGAUGCAGAGAAUAACCCUGGCCGCCCCCCUCCAACUCUCCAAGAGAUGAUUCAGAUGGCUGCUGAGAUUGCUGACGGCAUGGCUUAUCUGAACGCCAAGAAAUUUGUCCAUAGAGAUUUGGCAGCACGAAACUGUAUGGUGGCUGAAGAUUUCACAGUCAAAAUCGGAGACUUCGGCAUGACCAGAGAUAUCUAUGAGACAGACUAUUACCGCAAAGGAGGAAAGGGUCUGCUGCCUGUGCGCUGGAUGGCUCCAGAAUCAUUGAAGGAUGGUGUCUUCACGGCCUAUUCAGAUGUGUGGUCUUUUGGCGUUGUCCUUUGGGAGAUCAGCAGUUUAGCAGAGCAGCCUUACCAAGGACUCUCCAAUGAGCAGGUCCUCAAGUUUGUCAUGGAUGGGGGCUGCCUCGAAUGGCCAGAAAACUGUGCAGAGAGACUCCACAACCUCAUGCAGAUGUGUUGGCAGUACAAUCCCAAGAUGCGCCCCGCCUUCAUCGAGAUCAUUGAAAUGCUGAAGGAUGAUCUUCACCUGACUUUCCGAGAAGUCUCCUUUUUCUACAGCGAGGAGAAUAAGCCACCGGAGACAGAAGAGUAUGAGCUGGACUUUGAAAACAUGGAGAGCAUCCCUCUUGACCCAGCCUCUUACUCUCAGCGGGAUGAGAUCCUAGGGCGGGACAAUGGGCCCUCUCUAGGGUUCAAAGGGAACUAUGAGGAGCACAUCCCUUACACUCACAUGAAUGGGGGCAAGAAGAAUGGCCGCAUCCUCUCCAUGCCUCACUCAAGCCCAUCCUAAUAGUCCCCUUGGCUUUUCCUCACGAUACAAAUCUCAGGACUUGCAGUAUUGCUGGCACAGCAUUUGAGACACACCGACUUACUUUCUAUUCAGAUUUUUAACCAUCAAAAUAGAACGGCCAUUUGGGGUAGGGGAAGGUUUCUUGUGUG